AUGAAAUGCCUCCCGGUUUCCAAGCUCCCACAGGCCAACGGCGUUGCACUUCAUGACUGGCACGCCGAGGUUCUCGCCAUUCGUGCUUUCAACCGGUUCAUUCUCGACGAGUGUCGUCGCCUGGCCGAGGAUAGUUCCGCAGAAUCUGACUACCUCCGACGGAGGACGGAAGAGGAGCUACCCACGACCUCUGACGGGUCCUGGAACCGCCAGCCCUUUGCCUGGCGCGAAGACCUGACCCUCCACAUGUACUGCUCCGAAGCCCCCUGCGGCGACGCCUCCAUGGAAUUGAUCAUGUCCUCCCAAGAAGACGCCACACCCUGGGAAACCCCCACCCCCCUAACCCCUUCCCCCUCACCCCCCCAACAUCCAUCACCAUCAUCACCACCACCACCACCACCCCCAAUAACCUCCUCCACCCCAACCCCAACCCCCCUCCUCGGCCGUGGCUAUUUCUCCCACCUCGGCAUCGUGCGCCGCAAGCCCUCGCGCGCCGACGCGCCCCCCAGCCACUCCAAGUCCUGCAGCGACAAGCUGGCGCUGAAGCAGUGCACGUCGCUGCUGUCGUCGCUCACCGCGCUCUUUGUCUCGCCGCGGGGGGUGUAUCUGGCGAGUUUGGUGCUGCCGGUGGCGCAGUUCUCGAGGGAGGGGUGUGAGCGGUGUUUUGGGGCGGGUGGUGGUGGUGGGAGGAUGGCGCCUGUGGGGGGCAGGGUGUGGGAGGGGACGGGGUAUGGGUUUCGGCAGGUUGUGGUGGAGACUACGGAGAGGGAGUUUGAGUUCUCGCGGAGGGGGGCGGGGAUGGCGGGGGAGAUGAAGGUGGUGGCGAGCAACCUUGCUGUUGCAUGGACGGUCGGCGGGGAGGUGGAGGAGGGGUUGAUUGGCGGGGUGUUGCAGGGGAGGAAGGGAGUUGAUGUGAAAGGAGCUAGUUCGACGUCGCGACGGAAGAUGUGGGCAGCCGCGGUGACGGUUGCGGGGAUGUUGGGAGACGAUGGGAUAGUUAAGGAGCUGGGGGCGGCAUCGUAUGAUGGGGUCAAGGAGGGGAGCUUACUGCAAGGUAGGCGAAGGGUGAAAGAAGAGGCAAGAAGGGAGGCACUGAAGGGAUGGCUUAGAAACACAGGUGACGGUGAAUUCAAUCUGUAA